GCAACCUUGGGCAAAUGGGUCUGAGGUGCUGGAUUGGAAGUGAACCAUGCAAUUACAUAAACAUCGGAGCGGCCAGUCCGCCAGUGAGUGGAAAGACAUGGAUGUUAGAGGAUUAUCCAAACAGUAGAACACUUUUUCCAUGUGUGUGUAAGAAAAAAGCCUGGCACACUUGGGCUCACUCCCCUCCCUGCCGCCAACACUUUGGAAGGCGAGUCAGGAGAAGCUCAAAGGGGAGAUUCAGACUUUCAAUUUGUGUUUGUGAUGAAGGAGAAGCAAUUCGGCAGUGGGGGCUUUGGUAAACUCACAUCUCCUUUGCUCCUUGGCCUUUCCAGCAAGAGGAAUGGCAGGCAGAGAUGCUUCGCCGCCUGAACAAUCCGGCCUAGAAAAACCAAACUAAGCAAAGAAAGAGAAGACUGUCUUGAGACGUUGCACUGAACUACGUGAAACUUUGGGUGGGCUGGACGUCUUUUUGCCUUUCAAUACAAAACUUCAAAAACUUCCAAAAACCUGUGGGAAUGUCGUAUUGGGAUGUCGUAGUGAGAUGCAUAGCUGCCUGUAGCAUCAAGCAUUUGUUUUCCUUCAUAACCAAGGCAUAGCUAUGGAACACAAAGCUAUUUUGGCCUUCUCAAAGGUGGGAGAAAAGCAGAAAAGUCGUAUUGAUGACUGACUCCUGACUUUGCCUCCAUCCUCUGAUUUCCAAGAACAUUACUUUUCAAGAAACUUAACUGCAACAAUGAAGAAAAGAAUUAAAGCAACAGCUAUGGCAAAUCGCUAGGGGACAGAAUAUUAUUUGGUCCCUGAAGAUGGAGAGACCGAACGGCUCAAAGACUCGGAAAUCGAAGACGCUACGCUCCCUUUCGCGCUCCCUCAUCCUCUGCAAUGGCAAGAGCAGUGAUGAUGGAUCGAGCCCGGAGGAGAAAUGCCCCAACCCCUUUGAGGACCAAGCCAAUUGGGGUCAAGAGGAAGCAAGCCACUGCCCUCGCCUUGAAUUAGUGUGUACUUCGUCCAGUGAAGGUGGCUCUCCUGAUCCACUUAUGCUCACCAGCAUGAUGCAGCUGAGAGCCUCAGCCAGUGAUAGCUGCAAGAAUAUCAAGAGAAAGUUCUUCAUAAAGGAUAGUUGCAUUUGGAAGCUCUGCGCUGCCACAGGAAAUGAUAACCUAGGAAUUCAAGUCUCUCAAAGUCCCAAUUGUUCCACUUUUGGAAAAGAACUCACAGUGAACUACAUGAUCGAUGGAGGAGCCGCCCAGAGGGGUGGCUGCGUGAGGUCUGGUGAUGAGCGGUUGAAGGUUAAUGGGCAAUCUGUUAAAGAGCUCUCCAGUAAAGAGGCAGAAUCCAUCAUCCAAUCAGCAAAAGGAUUGGUAAAUUUAGUCAUUGCUAACAAGGAAUCCUCAGUUUGCGUAAACGAAGAGCAACCCAUUAAACUGAACAGGCAAAAUGGCUCCAUUCUACAGACCAAAGCCAAGUGCCAAAGGACUCGCAGUAAUUCAGCCAGCGUGAGUCCCUACUGGAUUGGCGAAAUCGAUGGUCCGAUGGCCAAAAAGUCAGCCUCCCGAUACAGACAGUCCCAUUCUCUUUCCAGCAACAGGAAGUCACUCUCUCAGCAGCUGGACAGUUCAACAGGAAGAGCUCCUCUCCUUUCCAGAACUUCACGGUCCUUAAGUACAGUCCAGUUAAUACACACCGCAUGCGGAUUGCAGGCCUCCUUCAUUACCAAUAUCGUUUUAAUGAAAGGCCAGGGGAAGGGCCUUGGCUUCAGCAUUGUGGGAGGUCAAGACAGCAUUUAUGGCCCCAUUGGGAUAUAUGUGAAGACAAUCUUUCCUCAGGGGGCCGCUGCUGCCGAUGGAAGGCUGCAAGAAGGGGAUGAAAUCCUGGAGCUGAAUGGAGAAUUGAUGUAUGGACUCACCCAUUAUGAAGCUCUGCAGAAAUUCAAGGCCAAGAAAGGUCUUCUUACCCUCACCGUCCGAACGAGCUUCGGCACCCCACACUUAUCAUCCCAUUUCUGCAAUUCACCAAGCACCGGGUUAUGCGUAGCCAAGGGGGACAGCUCCGUUGGUGGGAAAACGGCUCCAUUCCUCUUGGGUGCCCCGAACCCCAAUGACCGGAUCAUUGUGGAAGUUUUCUUAAAGAAAGAGGCUGGUGUGGGCUUAGGCAUUGGAUUGUGCAGUAUCCCUUAUUUCCAGUGUAUUUCAGGAAUCUUCAUCCAUGCCCUUUCUCCUGGCUCUGUGGCUCAUAUGGAUGGAAGGCUCAGGGUUGGAGACGAAAUCAUUGAAAUCAAUGAAGCAUCCAUUCAAAACAUGACCCUCAAUGAGGUCCAUGCCCUCCUAAGCCACUGCAGCCCUGGCUCCGUGCAGGUGAUAGUCAGUAGGCAUCCAGAUCCACAGGUCUCUGAUCAUCAGCUGAAGAUGGCUGUUUUGCAAGCUGUAGAAAACAACAAGUUAGAAAGAGAGAGGUACCAGUGGAGUACUGAAGGUGUCAAAAGUCUGGAGAACAGUUGGCAUAAGAAACCUCCCUGUGAAAAAUACUCUGAGAAGCAUGCUCUUCGUGGCAAUCAUCACUCCCAAAAGAUUAUGAUCCGCUCCAGCAGUGACAGCAGUUGCAAGCCCAGGUCAUCUGGGGGAAAUGGUCUUGCUGACCAGCUGACCGAUUUGAAACCAAAAGGACAUAGCAUUGACAUACCGGUCAUCAGGCAAUCCGGCUCGUUGUUCUCUUCUUCCAGAUCUAGUCUGGAGAACGACUCAUCCCCGCCAGGACUUAAGGACGCCACUCACCUCUUGCGAAACAACACAAAGAAAUCCACGGAGAUCCUGGUUCGAAAACCUAGGUCGUCCAAACCCAAACCCCCACCAAGGAAGUACUUCAAACAAGACAGUGCUCUCAAUGAGCAGAUUAGUAGAGAAGUGAAAGACAAGACCGGCCUGCAAGGGGAUGGGAACCUAACUUCUCCAAAUACUCAGGAAGUAGAAGACCUGCUGUGGCAAAGAAACAAAACGGUUGUAACGUGCGGUGCCUUUGCAAGUUCUUCAGUACCGAGACCUACAGAACAGUCAAACGUCGGAUCUGUAGACCAAGAAAAGAAGGCCCACAAAGGAAAGACUGUCCCAACAGCCCAAAGGCCUGCACUCCGAAGACAGACAAAAAUCGACUAUAGCCUUGGGCUCACAACCGAAGACCCUUGGGUUAGAAUUUCUGACUGCAUCAAAAGCUUGUUUAAUCCCAGUAUGUCAGAAGAUGGGCACGCCUUGUCCUUGCAUCCCACCAAUGACACAAAUGGAGACCAUCAAACAUCCAGUUGCUCAAAAGCAGUCCUGCAAAGAACAAACGGAGAUACAGUCAAUUCAGAAGAACCGAGGUCAUCAGAUGAAGGGGAUUUUGUGAAAAAGGGUCCUCCAGUUGCACCUAAACCGGCCUGGUUUCGUCAAAGCCUUAAAGGCUUGAAGAAAGGAAAGUCAGACAUAACAGCUCCCAGAAAUGCAACCGACCUCCAUCAGAAUGUGUCUGACAAUGAGCUGGCUUCCGUUUCCAGGGGAACCCGUGUCUCUCCGAGAGGGUCAUCCAUAAAGCAAAGGAUAAGCUCAUUCGAAAGUUUGGGCACUCCUCAGUCUCAAGAGAAAGGAAACCAAAAACUUAGCCCCAAGCUUUCGAUUCAGAAAGAAGCAUCUCUUGGCAGAAAGGAGCCAAAAUGUGCAGCAGCAGCUCAUUUCGACCAAAUUUCAGCCAACAACAGUGGUAACUGCCAGGGUUGUGAAAGCACCACAAUUCAGAUGUUUCUAGAGGCAAGCAGCAUAGACUCAUCUUGCAGUUCGAGAGAGGAAUAUGCCUCUACUCCGAAGGCAAGCAAAAGCACCCCCACUGAAUGUUCUCUGGAUGCGCUACAAAUCACAGAACCCGUUUCACACAUUCAAAAAGUGCCCAGCCAAAGAGCGCGCAGCUUUCCACUGACCUCGGCCCAGUCGCAUGAGAUGCUGAAAACCAGUGGGGAAAAAUACAGCAAAAUCGAUUCCAUAAGCAACCACUUCUCGUCGGCUUUAAUGAAAUCGCUGCAUUCCUUUCCUCAGUUUUCACCGUGUCUUCGGAAAAAUUUGCACGAUGGGUUCCCAAAGUCCUGCUCAGAAGAAAGUGCUUCGAAUGUCUCCCACACCAGUACGGGUUAUUCUUCGGACACUGGCUUUUCUCUUAAUCUCUCUGAGCUGAGGGAUUAUGGUGAGAGUUGGUCAGCUCGUGAAAAAGAAGUUGGAGAGCAAUGCUGCAGUUCAUCCCAGUCUUUGGACUUCUCAGGACAGUCUGUCAUCUCCCUCCUUACUCCUGAAGAACUGGAAAAGCUGAUCGAGGAGGUGAAGUCUUUAGAUGAGACUACAUUAAAGCAACUCAAUGAGAUCCAUGUUACUGUUCUGCACAAAGAAGAAGGUGCUGGCCUUGGGUUCAGCUUAGCUGGUGGAGUAGACCUAGAAAACAAAGACAUUACUGUGCAUAGAGUUUUCCCUAGCGGACUAGCAUCCCAGGAAGGAACUAUUCAGAAAGGAGAUGAAGUGCUGUCAAUCAAUGGGAAGUCCCUCAAAGGCUCCUCUCACAACCACGCGCUGGAGAUCUUGCGGGACGCUCGCCAAGCAAAGCAGGCAGUGAUUGUUACAAGGAAGCCCAGAGAGAGGAAAAUAAGCCUCAAUGCAUCUCUUGAGUCCUCUGUAUCGUCAGGAGGUGAAAACUCAACAGACUGCACAUCUGAAGACCUGAUUUUCAUGGUGACCUUGGAGAAGACCUCUGCUGGCUUAGGGUUCAGUUUGGAAGGAGGGAAAGGCUCCAUCCAUGGAGAUAAGCCAAUCGUAAUUAACCGGCUAUUUAAAGGAGCGGGAUCAGAACGCAGCCUUGCUGUUCAACCUGGAGAUGAGUUGCUGCAAGUGGGCACCAACCUCAUGCAAGGUCUCUCCCGGUUUGAAGCCUGGAACCUCAUCAAGACGUUGCCGAACGGGCCGGUUACGGCGGUCAUCAAGAGAAAAAGCUCCUUCUCCAGCACAACGGCUGAAUCUUCCCAUGGAGAGGCGUGACAAUAAUAAUAACAAACUAAUCUGGACAAAGAAAUGACUUGCUUUCCUUUCUAACAAAAUAGCUAAUUUUAUCGGAUGACAUGGAAUAUCUACAAGGGAACUGUUGCACUCCAGGACAGGAAAAGCCCUCUGACUUUAAAACACACCACACAAAAUGAAACAAAUCUUUUUUUAUUGAAGCGUAAUAAAAUAGCCUGUAGAAAGAAAUGCUUGUAAGAAAAUAGGAAAGUUCCAAAAAGCAAAAGGUCAGUAAAAUGCAGUAACUCAAAGCAAUGUCCAUAAAAGAUAUAAAAGCAAUCCAAGGCAGUAUUUAUCCAAACAGGAAUCAACAGGAUGCAAAGACAAUCCAAACGCUGCUAGUCAACACCAAAA